AUGGAGAAGCAAGCUGAAAUGGUCAAGCAACACCUCGAGUGCGGCAGAGAGGUCUAUUAUAUGCUGAUUGAGCGCCAGUAUAGUCGUAACGUCUCGGAGUGGGCCUGUGUCGUUUUGAUCAGCGCCAUCAGCUCGGAGAUUGCCACGAUCAUCAAACGCAUCCUCAAAAGCGGCGAGAAGUGCGUCGGGCGUAUUUGCAGCGCACUGUUCUCGCAAAAGUCGCAAAGCUUCCGACUUGGCCUGCAGCUCCCCGCAGAAACCUUCAGCCGUCUGCUUGUUGAUUGUCUUGAUCCAACGGCAGCUGUUGAUCUCAUGAACGCAGCGAGCGGCAAGAUCGAUCGAUUCGGAACACGUCGUCAACAGUCGUGA